UUCGUUCCGUUAAGACUUGCUUGACUGUGAACUGCGACUGUGAACUGCGAACUAUCGAAUAGUCUACCUUUAUUUGUGAUUUUUAAUCGUGAUAAGUUCGGUGGAAGUCUUUUCCCGUUCAAGAGGUAGUACUUUCUAAAACAAAUUGUUUAAUAUUUUAAUUAACAAAUACUUUUCAAUUGCAUUUUUAUAAGUCGAAGGUACGCAGGAGUUUGACAUAGUCAAAUAGAAAGCCCUGCCGAUUGCAUGUCAUAUUUUUGACACUGUUUUAUUUGACGUUAAAAGAAAAUAGGAAAGAGUUGACAAGCACAUACAUGUAUAUAUGCGAUACUGAACCACGUGCGUAAUACGUCGAGAGUUUCAUCGAGUUGCUACGUGCACUUUAACAAGUUGUAGGUAGUUAUCAAAAACAAAAAACAUGCUGACACAUCUGUUCGAAAUUCACGGCCGAUUUUGUGCUGGGCACCCCCUAGAAGUAAUUGUGACGACCUUCACACUCACGGCAUGCAUUCUGAACAUGGAGACCGGAAGUGCACAUCCUCGAGAUAGUGGAACCCUUCCUUUGGCUUUACAUUGUCGGCCCGGUAGAUGUAAUUCGGAUGACCUAAAUGCAGCUGAUAUUAUAGUCAUGACUAUAAUACGAUGUCUAGCUAUAUUGUUCACCUAUCAUCAGUUUCGCAAUUUACAAAAAUUGGGUUCAAAAUAUAUUUUAGGUAUUGCCGGCCUAUUUACAGUAUUUUCUAGUGUUGUGUUCACGUCCAGCGUAGUGAAUUUCGGACGCAGUGAUAUUUCUGAUUUAAAAGAUGCAUUAUUCUUCUUCUUGCUUAUUAUCGAUCUUUCAAAAGCCGCUAUAUUAGCACAAUUGGCUCUAAGUUCCAGAAACAAAGAAGAAGUACGAGCAAAUAUUGCUCGCGGCAUGUCACUUUUAGGACCAACUAUUACGUUAGAUACUUUAGUAGAAACUCUACUUAUUAGCAUAGGAUCUUUAUCCGGUGUCAAAAGAUUGGAAAUCUUGUGCAGCUUCGCUUGUUUAGGUGUUAUUGUAAAUUAUAUCGUUUUUAUGACAUUUUACCCUGCAUGUUUAUCACUUAUUCUCGAGCUUUCUCGUGAAACUAAUGCUAUGAAACCGUUAAGUGCCGAUAAGAUUUUUAUAAUGCAUCCAUUAAACGAAGAGGAUCAAAAGCCGAAUCCGGUAGUAGAACGCGUUAAAUUGAUUAUGAUUGCUGGCCUAUUUGUGGUACACGCUAACAGUCGCUGGCCUUUCAAAAGUGACGAAAGCGAAUCUACUGUAGAAGGAGAAGUAUCUUCCGUGAAUUCACAUGUCCUAGUGAAUUCUUAUAACAAGACAGAGAAUUCAUCAGAAGUGAAGAAUUAUCUAAUGAAUUGGUUGUCAGUCAGUGCCGAUAAUAUCGUGAUAUUGAUACUUCUUCUUGCACUCGCAGUUAAAUUUAUUUUCUUCGAAGAUAAAGGAGACAUCGCUAAACAAUUGCGAUCUAAAGUAGAAGACGAUACAGAAGAAAAGGUUGAAAAUGAAUGUGUGAAAGGAAAAGAAAAUGAAAGUGAAGAUGUGAAUAUGCUUAGCAUCAAGCUGCCAUUCAAGCAAAACUUUAAUAGAAUGCAAAGUAUCUCUUUUUCUUCUAAGAUACAUAAUUGGAACGAUGACAAGGAAGACCAAAUAGACGAAAAACAAUGUAAUAUAGAUAAGCGGGAUGAUAAAAAUCUGUCUCCAGAAUCGAAAGUUCCUAGGUCCUUAAAAGAAUGUCUCGAAAUAUACAAAUCUGAUCUUGGAGCAAGUGGGCUAACGGACGAGGAAAUAAUUCAAUUAGUGAAGAAUAAGCAUAUACCCGCGUAUCAGUUAGAGAAAGCAGUUGGUGACAUGGAGCGAGGUGUUGGAAUCAGACGUCUUAUAAUUGGAGAGACGGGAAAAUUUCUCGAUACUCUCUUCGAUUUACCGUACAAAAAUUAUGAUUAUAGUAAAGUAUUAGGAUCUUGUUGUGAGAACGUUAUAGGAUAUGUGCCUGUACCGCUUGGAAUUGCUGGCCCAUUAUUAGUCGAUGGUGAAUUAUAUCAUAUACCAAUGGCUACAACAGAGGGAUGUUUAGUAGCAUCUACAAAUCGUGGUAGUAGAGCAUUGUCAAAAUGCGGUGUAACAAGCCGCGUAGUUGCUGAUGGAAUGACUAGGGGACCAGUUGUGAGGUUUCCAAAUAUCGUUAGAGCAAGUGAAGCUAUGGCAUGGAUGCAAGAUCCUGAAAAUUUCAAAGAAAUGAAGGAGAAUUUUGAUUUAACUAGCAGAUUUGCAAGAUUGACGAAGAUUCACAUACGCAUUGCUGGCAGGCAUUUGUUUAUUCGUUUUGUGGCUACUACCGGUGACGCUAUGGGUAUGAAUAUGUUGUCUAAAGGUACUGAAAAAUCAUUGAACGCGGUAAAGGAACAUUUCUCUGACAUGGAAAUAUUAUCGUUAAGCGGUAAUUUUUGCACGGAUAAAAAACCAGCAGCAGUAAAUUGGAUUCAAGGUAGAGGUAAAAGUGUUGUUUGUGAAGCAGUGGUCCCUGCGGAUAUUGUUACUAAUGUGCUGAAAACAUCAGUUCACGCAUUAGUUGAUGUGAACAUAAGUAAAAAUAUGAUUGGGUCCGCCAUAGCUGGCAGCGUAGGUGGUUUUAAUGCACACGCUGCAAAUAUUGUAACCGCAAUUUUUAUCGCUACGGGCCAAGAUCCUGCACAAAAUGUUGGAAGUAGUAAUUGUAUGACUUUAAUGGAACCAUGGGGAGCAGAUGGUUCAGAUCUGUAUGUAUCUUGUACAAUGCCCAGCAUAGAAAUUGGUACUAUUGGAGGUGGAACUGGUCUUCCUGCACAAGGUGCAUGUUUGGCUAUGUUAGGUGUUCAAGGUGCACAUACUGAUCAACCUGGUGAAAAUGCUAGCAGAUUAGCUAGAAUAAUAUGUGCCACAGUACUUGCCGGCGAAUUAUCAUUAAUGGCUGCUCUUACAGCUGGUCAUUUAGUCAAAAGUCAUCUUAGGCACAACAGAUCAUCUACCGCAGUAACAAAUGCAAUAAGUAUUCCCCAAAAUACUACAGGAGUCAAACUGUCUGUGCCAAAUAUGUUACUGCCUGUACAAAAUGUAUGUAAGGAGUUCAUAGAGAAGUCUUAACAUUAAUGCUACAUAAAUGAGUUCAUCUUAAUCUGUCACUAGAAUACUUUGUAUUGAACGUCUGGUUAUAUGUAAUAUUUUUUUGUGUACAUGGAAGAGCAUAAACCAAAAAACUAAAUGAUUAAUAAUUUGAAUAAAAGUGCAAUAGAAAUUUUAAAUCAAA